CUCCCAGUCGCCUGCCAUCUUAGGCAGGCAGCCCCACCGGAGAGAGAGCGGGUCCAGCCCCGCCUGCGACGGCGAGUCCUUGCGCGGGCCGCGGGCAUUGCCCGGCGUUGGCACGGCCCUGCCGCGGCGGAAUUUCAGGUUGCCUAUCAAGAAAUGAAGGUUAGGAUGUCAUGUGUUGGACUGCGAAAUCUUCUCCAAGGGCUGAGCUUCAGUGUCAAAUACUACUCUAAGCAUAACCAUCUUCAAACAAUAUGUCUUUAUAGUAAAAUACAACAAAAAAUAUGCCACAUCCUGGACUGUUCAGGAAGCACAUGCACACAUAAGACUCUGCCAACUGGAAGCAUCCUGCCAUGGAGAUUAUUUUCCUGCAAGCAGGAAGGAACAAAAAUCCCUUCCAAAAGGAAGCAAAAUACAUCCAUAAUAACAUCAGAGCUUUUGUACAAGAAUCUUCUGAAAUCAGAGCAGGAAAACUGGAAUGACAUUUCAGCAAGAUACAAAGCCAUGACAGAAAGAAUCAAGGAAAAAUUAGAAGAAUUGCAGAACAAGUAUACGUUCAAUUCAGUAAGCCCAAGGAUCAGGUUUGGAGAGAAUGUGUACUUUGAAGAGAAUGGCUGCAUAUUUCUUUCAAAAGCAGAUGAUGUAGAUGAAGGAAAUGUUGAUGCUUUAUUCAGUAUCAAAGAUCUUGGCUUUUCUGAUGCCUUUAUUCAACGGAUCAGAAUUUCACCAGAUCAGAGAUACAUGGCCAUCAGCUUAAAAAGUGAAAAUUCUGAAGAGGCAACCUGCGUUAUUAUGAAACUUGAUCAUUCUCCUGUCGUGGAAAAAGUAAUUCCAAGUGUAUUCAGUUUUGAAUGGGCUGCAAAUGAUGUUCUGUAUUACACAAGUCAGAAGAACCUUAAAUGCCAGAAUGUGUUUAUGACAACUUUCACUGAUCAGAAACAUACUAAGUUAGUUUAUACAGAACAAGAUGCAAGAUUCUUUGUGGACAUAUAUUGCACAAAAGAUAGACGUUUUCUCACUAUCAACAGCAACAGCAAGACAACGUCGGAAGUUUGGCUGAUUGACUGUAGACAUCCUUUUAAGUUACCUGCUCUUGUACAAGCACGAACAAAAGGAGUCAUUUACCACAUUGAGCACAGAAAUGAUGAGUUAUAUAUUCUUACUACAUACGGAGAACUUGCAGAAUAUAAGUUGAUGAAGGCACCAGUGGCUUCCAGUGGCAUGGAGAACUGGCAGUUAGUUUAUGCACUGGAAAAGAAAACCAAGCUAGUAGACUUGGAGAUGUUUACUGAUCACUGUGUUAUGUUCCUGAAGAAUGCUGGUCAUCUUUACUUAAAUGUGAUUUCUUUUGUUUCACAUUUAGUUCAGUCAAUAGAGCUACCUACAUGGGCCUGUGAAUUUGAAUUGGAAUCUCAUCCUGAACAUACCACCAGCACUUGCUAUUUUCAGCUCAACUCCCCAGUACACCCCCCUAAGUGUUUUGCAUAUUCAUUUAAAGAAAAUAAUCUCAUUGAACAAGCUGCGCAAGAGGUACCAAUUAUUACGAAUUGUCACACUACACGUUUACUAGCUAAAAGCAAGGAUGAAACUUUGGUGCCAAUUACAGUUUUUCAUAGUAUGAAUUCUAAAGAGCUACACAGGAAACCACUUCUAGUUCAUGUAUAUGGAGCUUAUGGCAUAGAUUUGAACAUGAGCUUUAAAGAGGAGAAGCUGAUGUUAAUUGAAGAGGGUUGGAUAUUAGCAUAUUGCCAUGUUAGGGGUGGAGGAGAGCUAGGUCUUAGCUGGCACAAAGAUGGAUGUCAGUAUAAUAAACUCAAAGGUCUCCAUGACCUUAAGGCUUGCAUCAUGCUGCUGCAUCAGCUAGGAUUUUCUCAGCCAAAAUACACAGCACUAGCAGCUGCCAGUGCAGGAGGAGUUCUUGCAGGAGCGCUGUGCAACACUGAUCCAGAACUUAUCAGAGCCAUGGUUUUACAGGCUCCUUUUGUAGAUGUUCUAAAUACAAUGAUGACAACUCAUCUCCCACUGACAAUUGAAGAACAGGAGGAAUGGGGAAAUCCAUUAGCAGAUGAAAAAUAUAUGAAGUAUAUCAAAAGCUAUUGUCCAUACCAGAAUAUUAAGCCACAGUGUUAUCCUUCAGUUUUUAUCACGGCAUAUGAAAAUGAUCAACGGAUACCACUAACAGGAGUUUUACGAUAUGUUAAGAAACUUAGGAAGGCUGCACUAGAUCAUGCCAGCAGAACAAGAAAGAAAGUGAUCACUAGCUUCAUUGUUCCAGGAAAUUGGAUCCCUAGUAUCAUCUUAGACAUCCGGGCAAAUGGCAGUCAUUGUGAUUCAUCUUGGGAGGAUUCACUGAAUGAGGUUGCAAGACACCUUGCUUUUCUGAACAAAGAACUUGAGGAAGUAUGCCAUCUCCAACGUCAUAUGAAAUCUGGCAAAUAGCUAAUAAACACAUUGACCACCUGAAGAA